UCCCUGGCUGGGUUCUCGCCAGGAUGCGAGCAGUUGCUAGGCUGAGGGUCGGGCCGCCGCGGCUGCAGCAGCAGAAGGUUCCGCGCCUCAGCCCUUAGCGGAGCGAGCCGCCGCUUCUCCCGGCCGCCCGGCGGGCUCCCCUGCCAGCAGCAUGAACACCAUCAAGAACGUGCCGGCCCGCGUGCUGAGCCGCCGGCCCGGGCACAGCCUGGAGGCGGAGCGGGAGCAGUUUGACAAGACCCAGGCUAUGAGCAUCAGCAAAGCCAUCAACACACAAGAAGCGCCAGUGAAAGAGAAACAUGCCCGCAGAAUUAUCUUGGGAACUCACCAUGAGAAAGGAGCAUUUACUUUCUGGUCCUACGCUAUUGGCCUCCCCCUGCCCAGCAGCUCCAUCCUCAGCUGGAAGUUCUGCCACGUUCUGCACAAAGUCCUGAGAGACGGCCAUCCCAAUGUUCUUCAAGACUGUCAAAGGUAUCGGAGUAAUAUCCGAGAGACAGGAGAUCUGUGGGGGCACUUGCACGACAGAUAUGGGCAGCUUGUGAAUAUUUAUACCAAACUUCUACUCACCAAGAUAUCCUUUCACCUAAAGCAUCCUGACUUUCCCCCAGGCCUAGAAGUGACGGAUGAGGUGCUAGAAAAGGCUGCUGGGACAGAUGUGAAUAACAUCUUUCAGCUCACAGUCGAGAUGUUUGAUUACAUGGACUGUGAACUCAAACUCACAGAGUCAGUUCUCAGACAGCUCAACACCGCCAUGGCCGUGUCUCAGAUGUCGUCUGUUCAGUGCAGGCUGGCUCCUCUCAUCCAGGUGAUCCAGGACUGCAGCCACCUCUAUCACUACACUGUCCAGUUAAUGUUCAAGCUCCACGCCUGUCUGCCAGCUGAUACGCUGCAAGGUCACCGAGACCGGUUCCACGAGCAGUUCCGCAGCCUCAAAAACUUCUUUAAAAGGGCUUCAGACAUGUUGUACUUCAAGCGGCUCAUCCAGAUCCCCAGGCUGCCAGAGAGCCCCCCUAACUUCUUGCGGGCGUCUGCCCUGGCAGAGCACGUGAAACCGGUGGUUGUCAUCCCCGAGGAGGCCCCUGAAGACGAAGAACCAGAAAACUUAAUCGAGAUCAGUACAGCUCCUCCAGUGGAACAGCAGAACGUGUCGGAUAUAUUUGAACAGACCUUCGGCCCCCCCAAUGGUGUUCGGGAUGACAGGGAUCUCCAAAUCGAAAACCUAAAGAAAGAAGUGGACUUGCUUCGGGCUGAGCUAGAGAAAAUUAAACUGGAGGCUCAGCGGUACAUCACGCAGCUCAAGGCCCAGAUCAACAGCCUGGAGGCUGAGCUGGAGGAGCAACGGAAACAAAAGCAGAAAGCGCUGGUGGAUAACGAACAGCUCCGGGAUGAGGUGGAGCGACUGCAGAGGGCACAGCUGGAGAGCAGCCGAACGCAGGGGCUUUAUGUUGAAGCUGAAAAGAAAGCCAGUGCCACGGAAACGCGCUACGCCAAGCUGAAAGAGAAACACAGCGAGCUCAUCAACACGCACGCAGAGCUGCUGCGAAAGAAUGCAGAUACUGCCAAGCAACUAACAGUCACCCAGCAGAGCCAGGAAGAAGUGGCUCGUGUCAAAGAGCAGCUGGCGUUUCAGAUGGAGCAGGUGAAGCGGGAGUCGGAGAUGAAGCUUGAAGACCAGACCUUGCAGAUGGAGCAGCUGAAGAGAGAACUGGAAGCCAAGAAAGAAGAGCUGACCCAGAUUCAGAGUUCGCUCAGCCAUUCCAAGCAGGCUGGCUCCGAGCUCCACUCCCAGGUGGAAGCCCUGCAUGCUGAGAAGGACUCGCUGAGGAAGUCGGUGAGCGAGAAGGAGUGUGAGCUGCUGUCCGUAAAGGGCCUGAUUCAGGAGAAGGAGCUGCUGUUGAACCAGGAGGCAGAGAGGAGUGCUAAAGAAAUCAGGGAGCUGCAGGGGAAACUCAUGGAAAAGAAAAACCAGGAGCAAAGCCUCCAGCAGAAGCUUCUGGAUGACCAGUUUGGUAUGCUCCAGGGGACGGUGAAGGAGGCAGAGAAUAUCAUCCAGGACGCCAUUGCCAAGCUGGACGACCCCUUGCACAUCCGAUGCACCAGCUCUCCAGAUUACCUCAUCAGCCGGGCGCAGGCCGCCCUGGAGUCUGUGAACUCCUUGGAGAACGGGCACGCGCAGUAUAUGACCAACAUGACAGAUGCCACUGGGUUGGUGGCGGCCCUGGCCCAGUUUGCUCACUUGACCGCUGACACCAUCGUGAAUGGCAGUGCCACGUCCCACAUGGCACCCACUGACCAUGCCGACAAAUUAACUGAAACCUGCAGGGACUGUGGGCAUCGGAGUCUGGAGUAUCUGAACGAGCUGAAGGAUAAGCAGUUGCUGAGACAGGCAAACCCGGAGGAUGUGAGGAGAACUCUACAGGGCAUCCUUCAACUGGGCCAGGAGCUGAGACCUAAAAGCUUAGACAUCAAGCAAGAAGAGCUGGGUGAUAUGGUUGAUAAGGAAAUGUCCUCCACCUCAGCAGCUAUUGAAGAUGCUGUCAGAAGGAUAGAGGAGAUGAUGAAUCAGGCCCGAAAUAAAAGCUCUGGCGUUAAACUGGAAGUGAACGAGAGAAUUUUGAACUCCUGCACUGAUCUGAUGAAGGCAAUUAGGCUUCUCGUAAUGACAUCCACCAACCUACAGAAGGAGAUUGUGGAAAGUGGAAGGGGGGCAGCAACGACACAAGAAUUUUAUGCUAAGAACUCCCGUUGGACAGAAGGCUUGAUCUCUGCCUCCAAAGCUGUGGGAUGGGGAGCCACGCAGCUCGUAGAAUCUGCAGACAGAGUGGUCCUGCAUACGGGCAAAUAUGAAGAACUGAUUGUCUGCUCCCAUGAGAUUGCAGCCAGCACAGCCCAGUUGGUGGCUGCAUCCAAGGUGAAAGCCGAUAAGAGCAGCAGGAACCUGGGCAAGCUCCAGGAGUGCUCACGCAACGUCAAUGAAAUGGCGGCCAAUGUUGUGGCUUCCACUAAGUCCGGACAAGAGCAGAUUGAGGACAAAGAUACUAUGGACUUCUCUGGCAUGUCGCUAAUCAAACUGAAGAAGGAAGAAAUGGAGACGCAGGUGAAGGUGCUGGAACUAGAGAAGAAGCUGGAGAAUGAGCGAAUUCAUCUUGGCGAGCUGAGGAAGAAGCAUUACGCUUUGGCUGGAGUGUAUGAAGACCCAGAUGAGGGGGAUGGGAAACCAGGUGUGGCUCCAAAGCGGAGCAUCUUGAAGAAGCCACCACUGGCUCAGAAACCUGCCUUCCCCCUAAAACAGGACUGUGAGCUGGAGCAAAACGACGGUGUUUUUCAGGCCCACAUUGUAAAUUUCUAGGGGGAUACAGAAGUUGAUUCAGCACACAAGGAAGAGGAGGUGUGGGCUGCUGCAUUCGCCUUCCAGCCACAGUACUUCAUCUUGGUGGAGGGGGCUAGGAUUCCUGCCCCUCCUAAUCCUGCUGGGCUUAGACUGUGCAGGCACCACGUUACCCCUCACAGGAAGAGCUCCACGUACCAUGAUGUAGGCAUUCCAAAGCUGUUUUAUCUGUGUUUUAAACAGAUACUAACUGGAUUAACCCAAGAAUUGCCUUCAAGCUGGCAGGCUGCUGUUGUUCGGCUGGUUCUCCUGACUGCCACGUGUGAAGAAUAACAUGACUUUAUACUUCCUUUCUAUCACUAGAACAGCUGGGUUACUGUCGUUUACUAAAGCAAUGCUAACAAUGCCACGUGGCACAUCAGUUCCACAGAAAGCGAUUGGAGCAGCUCUCCUAGGUGAUUGAUUUUUUAUUUAUCAGCAGUAGGAAUCUUAAGUAAAUGUAGGUGUAUCUCACUACUGUAGUGCACAAACUUUAAGGAAAUGUGAAACGUUUUUAAAGUAGGAAGUUGCUCUUUUCUUGCAGCAUUUGGUUUAACAAUGUGGCAGGUUGAGAAAGGGUAACGGAUGUCUCUGCAUGGGUAAGUACUCAAAGGAAGAGGCAUAAUUUAGUUGUAAACUGUCAAUGUUUAAAUGUUUUUAAAGGAAUAGGGCUCAUCCAGGGGAGAACUAGUUAAUAUAUAUGAUGGCAAUAAGGGUGCAAACUUCUUUCUUAUUAAUGGAUCAAGGUCAGGGGAAUAGUUUCACUGUUUAUAGUUAAGAUAAUUAUCAGAAUUAAACAAUCUUGGUGUACAAUAUCCAUGUAAUAAUUAUUGGUAGAAAGUCUGCAGCAAUAAAAAUUUUGGGGAGAUGUUAAUUUAAA